CAGGUCCGCUGGUGUUCAACCUCACCAACCCGCCACCGCUCCUCAUUCUUUUGCAAAUUUACUCUCUUGCUCUGCCGUUGAUGUCCAAUAUUUCGCUCCUUCCGUGACGUAAGGCGGCCUCUCGGGUCGAAUAAACUGCAUCGAAAUAGAGAAACUUCUCAAUCUCGAAAUGUUCAGAAAUUAUACUCCCGAGGAACAAUUGAUUGACCUUAAUGUUGCCCUCCGGAAGAAAGACUACACCAUGGCAUCAUCACUCCUGCACGGCUUCCUCUCCAAGAACCCCAACGGAAGGACCUUCCAGCAGUGCUGCAUGGUGCACAAGCUCGAAGAGGAAUCUCAUGGACCGAACUGCUGCCGUGAAGAAUUCUGCGAUGAGGACCAUAGAGAAAGCCCAGACGCCGGUCGCCAAAAGGCCAUUUCAUUGGUAACGGAAUCGGGAGCGUUGGACAUUUAUUUCGCAUGGCUUGCCGGUCAGUUCCCAGAAAGAAAGCCUGAAACCCUUCGCUCCGUGUUCGAAGCGCUCAAGGGCCAGGUCGACGUACCAAUCGACACAAUCCGAAUGUUUGCUCGGUGUCUGAUAUCGAGAAAAGAGUCUCUGACCUGCGGUGCCGCCGUCAAGAUGUAUGACGAUGAGAAAGAGAAGGUCUUUACAUCAUGGUUUCAAUGCCUUGCAGAUAAGUGCCAAGGGCGAUCCGGGAUAAUCAGGGCUUUACCAGGGGAGGGCCGCCCUUUAUAUCUCCUGGACCAGAAUUCGGCGAUGGCCGCUCUUGCAGAAGCUCCCGACGUGACAAUACUCAUUCGCAGUGAACACAAUACGGAAGAGGGGAUUGUAGAGGAGGGAGAAAGGGCCGAGCAGCAAUUCAUGAAGGAGGAUAGACUUCAUGUCCACAGCACCUGGGUGUUUCCCCGCUUUCGGUGGUUAGAGAAAUGUUUAAGCAGCGGCAUGAAGGAGUCCGCGGACCGCACCAUUGACCUCACGAACGAAGUGCCCCGAGUGGUACGCCGGGUGCUCUUGUACACCUAUACGGGGAUCUACGAUGUGGAUUUUUUUACCGACGAUCAUCUCUUCCACGUACAAAUGUUUGCGUUUGCAGAGCUCCACUCACUCGAUCAUUUGAGGGACGAGGCGCUUCGCCGCCUUUGGAUGUCCCUCAGUACUCUCGACGGACAGCGCGACACCAUUUGCGUACGAAAGCCAGAGCUGAGCAUUUCUGACCAAGACAAGCUGUCCGAGAUUCUUGAGGCCCUAGAGGACUAUCAAGGUUUUGACGGUAUUGUACGCAUGGCAACUCGGGUCCUUCAUUGUGUCAAAGGCACCGUCACAACGAACAAACUGCAGCGUUUCUACCUCGAGAGCGCCUUCGUUCCGAUGUUGACCCUCACCUGUCGCAAAGAAGAUCCUGAAAAUAUCUGCUUCGAUUGUCCCGGGCGAUGGAUGUGGCUCGAAGGUUGUAUCCACGGAGGGAGGUGUAAAAACAAUGCGUGUGUCCAUGAUACGAUGUGUGAAGCCUGUUAUGGAAAGCCAGGUGUACAGGAACAGGUGCAGAUCGUUUGAGGUUGCUAGAUACUUGAGAAUCAGUCUGACGACAGACAUGUCUGCAUGAUCCGAUCAAAUCAUCCAAGGGAAUACUGAGCUCGUCAGCUUGUGCUCCGAGUUCAAGAUGUUCAAGGCCAAUGCUGCCUAUCCAAAAUGUGGUUCAUUAUUCUAUAGGGCAAUCUGCAACCCCAACGCCAUGCAAAGACUUUCGAUUUGUCUAUAUUUUUUGGCAUCAAUCAAUAGAUCUCCUCGCCCUCA